UGAAAAAAAAAUUGCCAUGUAGACGCCCACGCACCACACGGCGAGGUUGUUUAUUUUCCUUCAUGAUAAUAAAGGCGUUACACCGUCUGUCAAAAUUUAAUUAUUAUUUCAGUGCAACUAAAAAUUCAAGGAGUUUUUUUACUAGUAAAGUUAAAAUAAACAAAAUGUUUUCUUACCCUGAAACUAAAAGGGACAAUACUGUUGAUGUUUAUCACGGAGUUGAGAUCAAAGACCCGUACCGCUGGCUAGAGGACCCGGAGGCCGAGGAGGUCAAGGCGUUUGUUGAUAAACAAAACGCUUUGUCACGGCCAUUCUUAUCGACCUGCGAGUCGGUCAAGCCCCAGGUGAUUCUAGAACGUCUCAAGCAGCUCUGGGACUUCCCUAAGUAUUCUUGUCCGAAGAAACACGGGAAUAAGUAUUACUUUUACAAGAAUUCUGGCCUGCAAAAUCAAAGUGUAAUUUACUCACAAAAUUCACCAACGGAACCCGAAGAAGAAGCGAAAGUAUUCUUCGACCCAAACACGCUGUCCGACGACGGGUCAGUAGCGAUUUCCACGACAGAGUUUAGCAAGGAUGGAAAAAUCUUCGCUUACGGGCUGUCUAAGAGCGGCUCGGACUGGAGCGAGAUCCAUUUUAUGAAUGCCGAGACCGGGGAGAAAUACCCCGAGGUCCUGGAGAAGAUCAGGUACUCUUCAAUCGCCUGGACUCAUGAUAACUUGGGAAUUUUCUAUGGAACCUACCUGGAGCAACAAGGAACCGUCGACGGGUCUGAGACUCUCGGGGCUCGGGACCAAAAGCUCUGCUAUCACAAGAUUGGAACCCCGCAGUCUGAAGAUGUAAUUGCUGUGGAAUUUCCUGAAGAACCUCUGUGGAGAAUAGGUGCUGAAGUUUCUGACUGCGGCGAAUAUUUGAUCAUUUCACCGCGUAGAGAUUGUAGAGACAAUUUAAUUUAUUUCACAAAGCUUCCAGCAGAUAAAAAAGUUGAGAAUCUUAAAAGUUUAAAGCUGACUAAGGUUGUUGAAAAAUUCCAAGCUGAUUAUGAUUACAUAACAAACGAUGGUGCUGAAAUGAUAUUUUCAACAAACCGAAACGCCCCGAACUACCGACUGAUCCGUAUAAACUUCAACGACUAUUCCGAAGAAAAAUGGACGGACCUGAUCCCGGAGGACCCAAAGCGAGUCCUAGAUUGGGCAGUAGUCACCCACAAGGAUAAAUUAGUCGUCUGCUACAUCCAAGACGUGAAACACAUCCUAGAGCUGCACUGUCUUAAGACAGGCCAGCUUCUGAAGACCUUCCCUCUAGAUCUAGGAACAAUCGUCGGGAUCAGCGCCGACAGAGACUACUCCGAGAUCUUCUACCAGUUCACGUCGAUCCUGACCCCCGGGAGGAUCUUCAUGGCCGACCUGGCCAAGGACGAGGAGCCAAAAGUCCUCAGGGAGAUAAAGGUCAGCAACUUUGACCCCUCGGCUUACAAAAUGUCCCAGGUUUUCUACCCCAGCAAAGACGGGACCAAGAUUCCGAUGUUUAUAGUCACUCGCGCUGAUGCUGUUCUUGAUGGGUCCAUGCCCGCGUUGCUUUAUGGAUACGGCGGGUUUAAUGUCAGUAUUUAUCCUACCUUCAGUGUCAUGCGGCUUACUUUCGUCCAGCAUCUCAAGGGCGUCUUUGCAAUCGCUAAUAUUCGCGGUGGCGGAGAGUAUGGAGAAAAAUGGCACAACAGCGGUCGAUUAGACAACAAACAAAAUGUCUUCGACGACUUCCAGUGCGCAGCGGAGUACUUGAUCGCGAACAAAUACACUGAUGCUAAGAAACUAACGAUCCACGGUGGAAGUAACGGCGGACUUUUGGUAGCCGCUUGCAUAAACCAGCGUCCGGAAUUAUUCGGCGCGGCGAUUGCAGACGUCGGAGUUAUGGACAUGCUGCGGUACCACAAAUUCACGAUUGGGUACGCGUGGGUGUCAGACUACGGAAGCUCCGACGACGAGAAGCAGUUCUCGACCUUACUGAAGUACUCGCCGUUGCACAACGUACGCGUGCCGGAA